AUGCGCGUCGAUAUCGGUCACGGCCAAGAAGGUCAAGCUUUGCCGGCCGCACCGGUGACGGCUAACGGACACGCCACCGACUUUGAUGUCGUGGUGAUCGGCGGUGGCUUCUCUGGUUGCUACCUCUUGUACAAACUACGCAAAAGAGGUUUUAAGGUCCUCCUGAUCGAAUCAGCGGCGGGUCUCGGCGGUGUAUGGCGGUGGAACUGUUACCCUGGCGCCCGGGUCGACACCCACGUUCCGCUAUACGAAUACUCCAUCCCCGAGGUCUGGAAGACGUGGAACUGGACUGAAAAGUUCCCGGCCGCCGGCGAGCUGGUGCGCUACUUUGAGCACGUCGACAAGGUGCUUGAUCUGAGCAAAGACACCAUCUACAAUACCAAGGUAGUCGGCGCCACCUUCAGCGACGCAGACUGCCGCUGGUCGAUCGAGACCGAGGGCAACGACAUCCCAUACCGAGCCACCUGGUUCAUACCCUCUGUCGGCUUCGCGGCCAAGAGAUACUUCCCCAAAUGGCCCGGCCUCGACACCUUCAAGGGCGAAAUCCACCAUUCUAGCUUCUGGCCCGGCGAGAAUGGCGUCGACUUCCGUGGAAAGAGGGUUGGCGUUGUCGGCACAGGCAGCACGGGCCUGCAAAUGGUGUCAGCCAUGGCUGCAGAUGCUGGAGAGCUGACUGUGUUCCAGCGAACACCGAUCGUGGCUCUCCCGCUGCAUCAAGUCAAGCUCACGGAGGAGGUCCAGAGGAGUGCCAAAGACGACUACCCGGCGAUAUACCAGAGCAGGCUGGAGAGCAAGGGAGGCUACGACUUCAACGCUCACGACAUUGGCACCUUUGACCACACCCCGGAGGAGCGCGAGGCAUUCCUCGAGGACAAAUGGUCAAGGGGCGGCUUCCUGCUCUGGGUUGGCUCGUACCGCGACGUGCUCACGGACCUAAAGGCCAACCGGGAAACCUACGACUUCUGGGCGCGCAAGGUCCGCGCCAUGAUCACCGACCCCGAGAAGCGCGACAUCGUGGCGCCGCUCGAGCCGCGUCAUCCCUUCGGAACCAAGCGGCCCGGUCUUUUCAUCAACUACUACGACGCCGUCAACCAGCCCAACGUCAACGUCGCCGAUCUCGCAAAGUCCCCCGUCGAGCGGGUUACCGAAGAGGGCGUGGUUACGGCCGACGGCAAACUACACAAGCUGGACAUUCUAGCCCUGGCUACGGGGUUUGACGCCAUUACGGGCGGGCUCAAGGACAUCGACAUCCGAAACGGUGCCGGUCAGUCUUUGAGCGACAAGUGGGCGUCGGGCACCUGGACGCACCUGGGGAUCAUGACGAGCGGCUUUCCCAACAUGUUCUUCACGUACGGACCCCAGGGGCCGACCGCCUUCUCCAACGGGCCGACGUGCGUCGAGAUUCAAGGCGACUGGAUCGUCGACACGAUUGUCAGACAUCGUGAGCAGGGCAUCCGGCGCAUGGAGCCUACCGCGGAGGCCGAAGGGGGAUGGCGGAAGCUGGUCAACGAUCUCACGAACCAAACAUUGUAUCCGCUGGCCAACUCGUACUACAUGGGUGCGAAUGUUGAGGGAAAGCCACGUGAGGCGCUGAACUUCCCCGGCGGCAUACCAGAGUAUAGAAGGUUACUGGCAGAGAGCAUGAAGAAUGGGUUUAGUGGCUUUGCUUUAGCUUGA